ACUCCGUCUCCUUUUUCGCGAUACGAGAGAUCAGAAAGCAGAAGGCUAGUUAUUUGGCGCACGCCAUUUUCCUCCAUCUACCUCUCUUCAAUCUUUCAAGCAAUGGGAGGCGACUGGGUGUACGAGAACAACGGAGGCACAUGCGUCGCGAUCGCGGGCUUGGAUUACUGCGUCGUGGCUGGGGACACGAGGCUUUCCGUUGGCUAUAGCAUCUACACUCGCGAUUACUCCAAGAUCUGCCAGCUAGCAGACAAGUGUGUAUUAGCAUCCUCUGGAUUCCAGGGUGAUAUCAAGGCCUUGCAGAAAAACUUGGCUGCAAAGCACCUGACAUAUCAACAUCAGCACAGUAAACAAAUGAGUUGCCCUGCAAUGGCUCAGCUGCUCUCAAAUACCCUUUACUACAAGCGUUUCUUCCCAUACUAUGCUUUUAAUGUUCUGGGGGGCCUUGACAAUGAAGGGAAGGGUUGUGUGUUCACAUAUGAUGCUGUUGGAUCUUAUGAGAGGGUCGGUUACAGUGCCCAAGGUUCCGGAUCAACGCUCAUCAUGCCAGUGUUGGACAACCAACUGAAAUCUCCGAGUCCUCUCUUACUUCCUGCCAGAGAUGCUGUUACCCCUCUUUCUGAAUCAGAAGCCGUCGAUAUGGUAAAAGAUGUUUUUGCUUCUGCUACUGAAAGGGAUAUAUACACAGGAGAUAAAGUUGAAAUUAUUGUCAUUAAUGCAGCAGGCACACGCCGUGAAUUUAUUGAACUCAGGAAGGACUAGGUUCGCUUCGAUGGUCUGCUGUUAUGCGGAAGCUUCGGAUACUGUUUCAAGGGCCUGGGUCAUGGUGAACUUGUGCUGUCUUGCUUUACUCUCCCAGUAUAAUUUGUUCUAGUAAAAUGGUUCAAUGGGAACACUAACUUAUAUGCUUAGAAAGGGAAAUUUUUGGUUGAUAUGUAUUGACUAAAUGUAUUCCUUUGAAGUUGGGAUUAUUGCAGUUUUUUUAGUUCGUUAAUGCAAAAGUUUCAAGAUGUUUCUCA